AGAAAACCGGACGUAGCCUUUACAACGGCUUCGUUUGAAGGAGAGCAGGCAAUGCGAAAAGAUGUGGAGUCGGAAAUAGCUGCGGCUGUGGAUGGUAAGUGUAUAAUUUCGUCCUAUUUUAUUGAGGGAAAUACGUAUAACAGAAACAACUAAUAACUGAUUUAUCAUUGUCAUUGCCAUAAAUACUCCUCCAAGACUUAUCAUGGGGACCAAACGAAACCAUAAGCAGACCAUAAGCAAUUGAUGAUAACAAUAAACUGAUAUUCCCUUACGUAUUGAAUAUACCUCUCUCAUUUUGUGCAUUUUAGGUUUGGAAACCAGCAUCGUUUAACUGUCUUUAACAACGAGACCACUUUGAAAUUAUUGAUGAGAAAAAUGUCAGUAACGUUUGUAAACAAUCAUUUGAUAGAUAUUCGACGACUGAUGAAUACCCUACCCCCCUCUAUCUUGUUUGAAUCAAUGAAAGUAAGGUGGUUCCGUUAUUGCGGACACAGUGACCUACGACGAACAUUGUCUGAUAAGUUUUUCGGUUUCAACCCGACCGCUACGAAACUUUGCGAAAACCUGCAGCCAUCUUUGGGGAAAGUUCAGAAAGUUUGUAAAAUUGGCAAAAUUGAAGCGCAAGUGGACGCCACUUUUUCAAUUUUUUGCCGUUAAUUUCUACUAUAAGGUUUUUAUUGAUACUUAGCAAUUACUAAAUGAGGCUGAGUAUGACCUGAAGAUUUAGCAGAUCGAGGAGGAUCGAUGUUAUCCGCCGAGUUAAGGUGGCUCGGUAGGGUUUUUGAGGGUCAAUACCUCCCAAGUUUGAGCAUAAACUACGUCACCACGAACAAAGAUUUGAAAUAACUCGUCUAAGAUGUUGAAAUCAUGGAUCAAACGAUACCAGACUAUAAGUAGACUAUCAGUAUUUAGAUAUGGACCCUAAUUCGAAAGUAUGCGGCCCAUAAAUUGUGGUUUUAGAAGUUUGAAAGGCAGCUUAUUUUUUUGCAAGCUGUACCGAGUAUUGUUAAUCCUGUAAAGAAGCUUUAAAAAUAUUAUUUUCUCGCUUACAAAGUUCAACAGAUCUUUUUCGUUCCGGCAAAAAAAAGAAAAAAAAUAAGAAUAAGUGAACAACAUGAUACAUCCUUCCUGCUUACUAAGUAUUAUAGUUAUUGACACGUAUUUUUUUAAACUUAAGUAGAAACAGUAGCGUUAGGGAAUAAAAUUGCAAGAAGCUAGUUGACACAAUAAUUAGGUAUUGUUUUAGUGAGUGGAGUAACAUGAUAUGAGUAGAAAUAUAUUUAGGCUAUCAACCUUGACGUUGCAUGAAGCAUAAUUUAAUUGUAGAUGUUGUAAUGAAGCCGAGGUGAUUUCUUAAAAUCGUUUGAGAAAAUUUUCUAGUAAACAAUUUGCGUUUUUUUUACGUACGAAUUGUAAAAGGGCCAAAGUCCAACAUCUUCACAUGAAAAUUGUGUGCAUGAGUUAUUUUUAUAAUUCUGUUUACUGGAUUACUGUGUGAUACCUCGAAUUCCCUCACGUACGAACCACGAAGACAAUGCUUAUGCAAAAUUUUGGGGUGACAAACAAAGAGCAUUAUGGUAUGUUAUAGUAUUUUCUGGAGUGGUCAAUUGUGAAUGGUGUACAUAGAAUAAAUAUUUAUUUAAAGUAAGCAUUGUGUCUUCCUUCAUUCUACCACAAACUAAAUGUAUUAACUUUUAUUCAACCUUUGGGUAACAAUUUGUGAUAGUGGAAAUGGCUUGUAAAAUGACAUGAUUGGUCUGCCACAAAUUGUAAAUUAAUGUUUCAAAUGUUAACGCAUGGAUCAAGGAGAUUAUGUGAACCAGCCCUAUGGUGGGAAUUGCUCAGUUCUUCUUGGUAGGAAGCAUUGUUCCCGUUGGUAUCACGAUAUAGACCUUUGCAAGAUCGGCCAACAACAUCCUUUCCUCUGUAUAUAAUACUUUCAAGUGAAUGUUUUAACUGCAUCUAUUUGAUGUUAUUUUCAGCAGUGGAAACAGCUCAUGCUACAAGUAAAGCUUAUUCCAGUGUAAACUCGCGAUCAAGUUGGAGAGCUCUCUUGAACCCUUUUCAAAAGCUUUUGGAGCGACUUUCACAGGAAAUUGAAGAAGAACAGUUGGAAAGUUUGAAAUUGUUGCUUAAAAAUCAUAUUCCGGCUGGCACUUUGGAGAAAUGCAAAACAGCAAGGAUCCUGUUUAAGUGUAUGAAGCAGAAAGGUCUUUUGGGAUACAAUAAUUUAGAUUUCCUCGAGGAACUUUUAACGGAAGCUCAGCGAUCAGAUCUUGUAGAGAUUGUUAAAGACUUUAAACCGCAACCAGCAAUGGAAAUUGACAGUGGAUAUCCAGGUAAAUAUGAGAUAAGAUUCCGUGUAACUUGCGUACACGUAUUGUUUCGUUGGCAUCAGGGUCUGGAGUAGGGGAUUGCAAUCCCGCAUUCCCGCUUCUUUUUCACAAGAAUUCCCCAUCUCGUACUGUUUUCAUCGCCUCCCCGAAUUCCAAAAAACAUACCGAGUUAAAAAAAAAAACAUUGAGGCAAUCGCCUGUUUGAUCCACAUUUGUCAGUCCAGGACGCAUGUUUGAGUUGUGAUGAUUUCCCGAAUUCCUGGCACACAUGAAAAAAAAAAUCCACUUCCCAUGCCUAACUGCUGGUGAAUCUCACUUCCUGGGUAGCAGUCAAAUCCUGUUCCCCAUGGAGAUAUAUGUAUUUUGCAUUUUCGUGAAUCCCGCACCGUAUUUGUUCCAAUUCCGGAUCUCAAAUAUACCCUCCCAGGCCCUAAUGUUUUGUAUUGUUCAUAGCAACCUCCCACCAAUUCACAUUGGACAAAACUGUGAUAAUCCAGGAGGCCAAGCUAUUAUAAAUGGCGACUCACAAAAAAUGCGGUAUUUUUCAAUCAUAGUAGGAGAGUGUCAUUAGGUUUGGAUGGACUUUGACAUCUUAGAAAAUGGUCAGUAAUAGAGCACAUUCGUUUUGUUUUAUUCGAUUUCUGAUCAUGAUUGGAAAAUUAAAGUAGAGUGAGGAUGAAGUCUUUCUCCUCCGUAGAGGCUCACAUUUUCAUUGUAGUGAACAAAGUCAAGGGAGUAUGCAUGAGAGAUUGGUAAGAAGAGGGAAAAGGCAGAAGCCUUCGGCUUUUCUUUUUUAUUUCCUUUUUUCAUUGUUAUAUGCACUCUUUUCUUUACCUUUUCAUACCCCAGCUUCUAACUGGCCCAAAAACCCAGAAAUCCAGCUUAGCAUGAAUUAAAAUAUUGUUUAAUAUUCUAAGUUUUGUUGUCUAAGUUUUACAUUCAUGAAGGGAAAGUAGCCCCAGUUUGGGAAUUAAGUUUCUCCUUGCUACUCUCCCACCAUCUUUUAAUCAGAAUUAUUAAACUUAAACUUAAUGGGGCCCCUGGGGAGGUGAGUGCUAGAUCAAUCAUAAAAGAGUGUAAGCCCAUCAGCUCACUUCCUCUGAGAUAACCCUCUUCUCCUCCACGAGAAAAAUUCAUAGAUCGGAGAGUAAGGUUUUGAGUGGAUACUCUUUCCUUUCUUCGUUUUAUUUUCAUAGACAAGAACUGAAAUGGGCAACAACGACAAACUUUAUUAAUAAGCAGAUAAUAUAACGGAAGACUGGAGGGCACAAACAAUUUUCUGCUGUUAAGUGUUCUUUUCUUUGGUAUUCAUUGUUUUGCUAGUAGGGUUCAUGUAUGUAAGAUUGUAAACAGUUAUUUGUGUUAUUGGUCUACAAGAUAUCACCCUUUUUAACGAACAUUACGAUUGUAAAGAAUAAGAUCAUACAGACAUGGCAUUUGAUGAUAAAUUUUAUUUGCAGCUACGGAAAAGGUUUGUUUCUCAUUUGCAUCUCAAAGACAAAACUUCAUUGUGCCAGACACUGUGGAUGCACUGAAAAACAGCAUGAACCUUGUUCUCCGCAUUGACCCCAGUGAAUGCCACUUCGUGAAGUGUGAAGAAGUUGCUUCAAAUUGGUUUAACCUAGUGUUUGAACUGCCUAAUAGAAGAGAAGUGGUGGAUAAACUCUGUCUGAAUGCCUUAGAAAAGGAACCCUGGCUUACCCAAUGUGGAGUCAAGGCUGUAAAAAUUGGUGACAAGUCUGAGAUUCAUAUGCAGGAACCAACUACAGGCCUUCUUCCGAAAUCCAUUGCAAGAGCUGACCUUCCAUCAAGUACACUAGGUAAGAUGCUGUUUCUGUCAUCAGGGACUUUACGAUCGGACGAUGCGACGGCAGCGAAAACGUCGCUUCAAAAAUGAAUUUGCGUUCUUUCGGUCUUAAUCGCGAUUAUUCCAACUCACUUACUCUGUUAAAUGUAGGUGAACCCUCCCGGAGUUGAAUUUCUAAGAAACAUAUUCUAGUUUAGGAAGAGAAUAAAAUUUGGUCGUCGCUUGUUUACGUUCUCCCUAAGUAAAUUUAGGCAAUUUCACGUCGUACCAAUUAAAGGCGUGCAAAAACGGCAACGAAAUGUACAACAAAGUGAGAUGCACCUGCAAAGUUAUUGUUUUGCCAACUAAACCUAUUGCUGUUUUUGACGUUUUCGUUGCCGUCGCGUCGUGGGAUCGUAAAGUCCUUAGCAGCACAUUUAACACGAAUGGAGCCUGUACUAUGAGCGAAAAUCAUAGCUGCACCGUGGUACAUGGGGAUGUUUACAAUCCUCUUUUUUUGCUGUCACGCUUCUGAUAUCAUUCAAUGGUGUUAUUUCGGACAAUAUAUUUAUCUCAGAGCUCAUCGGACGUCAUAACGCCAGGGACUCUAGAGCCAUGGGGCUAAGUUGAUAGAAGCAAUAGAAAAUAUUUUUUAAUUGACAAAAGAAACAAAACCAAGCAGAGGCUAGUGAAGUUGCUAGGCAUUUUUGCCAACGAGCAGCCUCGCAAAGACGCGAGGCUGCGAUUGCGAUGCGUCGCCAUUGUUCCAGGGGCAGAAAAAAUCUUGAAUCGAUGUAACAUAGAGUAAUGUAAGGCAACCAUGACGUCAUGUAGGACAGAGAAUGCAUUGUUUUCGCGCGAACACGUGAUACAUACGUCUUUGUGAGUCCCGUGCUCAUCCCGUCUUCAGAACAUCGUCGUCUGGAUCAUUUCCAUCCUACGCGAUAUCUGUCGCAUUUGCCCGCUGGAAUUUUUAAUUUUUGGUGUCUUGGAAGCAAAAUAAUUCGGAAGGCUUCAUUGGCGUACCAUAAAUUUUUUUAGCUUUAAAAAGAGACCAAAUAUAAGUCUGUACGUUGAAUAUUCGCGGACUUAAAUAUGAUUUUUCGAGGAUUUUAAGUUUGCUUGUAAGACCGCUAAAUGUUUAUUAACUUAUUGAGUUUUUCUGCCUUUAGGGUGGGCGCUUAUUCGAGGUGGGCGCUUAUUCGAGGUUUGGCGCUUGUUCGAAUAAAUACGGUAACUCGAAUUACCUCUAAGAAUUACCUGUCACCAAGGGAGUUGAAUUACCUCUGGCCUAGAGAAGUGAACAUUUCUGAAUUACUUGAGUUGUCGUUGAGUUAACUACGUGGGAAGAUUAAACAUAUUUGAAGAGUUCCAGUUCUGUUGAAGUAAUUCUUCUGCUUUACUCUACAGACAAGUUACUAACGACCCUGUACCUCUGGCGUUGUUUGAGAUGUUGGCCACACAGCCAUGCGAAGUGUUCGAGUCCCAUUUAGUCCUUAUCCCAUCGAUUAUCUGUCUAAAUUUUAUCUAGCGCAACGCUGCACAUUUCGUGAGAGUUAAAGACAAAGAACACUCUAAAAACCUAACGUCACAGUAGUAAAGUUGAUGCAGUCUCCUUGGUUUUUCAUGAAGUUUAAUGAGUUUAACACAUUUAACAACAAGGAGCACAGUCUCUUGUUAUCGGUCAGCGGUCAGUGUGGUGGAGCAAACGCGGUCAGCCUUGCUUGCAUCAGCUCUGUGUGCUAAGUACACUGCUUUCUUGGUGGUCACUCGCCUCGUGUAGCCUUUCGUUGGAUUGUGCCUAUUCUCCGCUCCUUCCCUCCUUUUAUUUUCCACUGAUAUGUCGAUGUGACAGGUGCCUAGUUCUGGGCUCGAAGGUACGGGUUUACGAGCCAUGGGGCCUAACUAGAGGCUGGCUGUGUGUCAAAAGUGGAAGUCCCUGGACAUCCCGCGCACCCAUGCCUCAACCAAGCGUCGCAGGUGUUAACUAAAUCUGCUUCCCCUUACCCCAUGCCCCUCAGCAGUUUGUAUUCUUUGGAAAUCCAACUAGACAGUCACAUGGACAAACAGGGGCCCUGCUAACAGUUUAAUUUAGUUGCAUAGUACGAGGCACGUCUGUGGACAAGAUAAAUCUAUCUUAAUCACUUGAAAAUUGCUUGCUUGGUUGCAACAUGAAAAAUCUUUCUUAUCUUUCUUUGAAGGCAGUGCACCCAGAUUUUCAAAUUAUGUUUAAUUUCUUUUGAUGCAAUCUUUUGACCCUGUAACAAAUCCUUUAUGGAUUAAGACUGCGCAGUCGAGAUUUGUGAAUAUUGGCCUAGAACUUGGCAAUAACUAACUACCUUUAAUAGCACUUUCGGUAGCCUUUGAUUUGUAGCUUUCAAAGUUGUCCAAAGCAAUGACUUUAGACUUUCCCUGGCUAAGCAUUCUAGAUAAACAAACAGCGGCAAUGAUAAAAGUAAAAAGCCUAAUUAAAAGAUAUUAACGUGAAGUAAAAGGUUAGAUGAAAGUGAAAUGUUUUCAAUAUUAGUAUUGUUUGUUCUUUACUUAACAUAGCCUUAAAGAUUUGCUCCAAAGCUCUGGAAAGCGUAGCCUUGUUUAACAGCUGAUACAACAAAUGACAGAGUUAUACCUUUAUGAAUGAAUAAAAUCAUCCCACUUUUACAGACACCAGCCAAAGGAACACAGCCAAGUGUUUGCUCUUAUAUACAGAGAUCUUAGGGUUAGGUGUAAUCAAACGUUCUGUUGACACCACCAACGUAAACGUUUUCUCCACGCUGUAUUUAUCUCUGGUACGACCAAUUCUUGAAUACGCUGUACCCGUUUGGUGCCCUUACCUCGUCAAAGACAUCCACGCCUUGGAGAGUGUACAGAGAAGGGCAUCUAGAUUGGCACUUAAUCAACACAAAAGAGAAAUGCCUUAUGUCGAUCCUUGUAAAUUGUUGAAAUGGCCUUCUCAAACUCAUUAAUAAUUCAUAAAGAAAAUACAAAGAAAAUUAAUGUUUAAUGAGUGUUUGGAAAUCGGAUGAAAAACUGCUCAGUAUUUGCAUCCUUAAUUUCUCCUUCAAAAAUGAUUUUGUUUGAGAAGAAAUAUCAAACAUUCGACACAGUGUUUCAUCACCAGAUGAAACACCUCGAAGUUCGUCAAAAAUACUCCGCUGCGCGUCGUAUUUUCAACUCUCUUCUCGGUGUUUCAUCUGGUGAUGAAACACUGCGUCUCAUGUUUGAUAUAUUACGUCGCUCUCUGACCGUACGACUCUCUUGCUAAAAAUAGUCUUUUUCUAUAAGGAUAGUUUCAAAAUGGAACCAUUUACCAAGAGACAUAGUAGAGGCUGAAAGCUUUCAUCAUUUUAACAUAAGCUUCAUCAUUAUCUAUUUAAUAAAUUUUUUAAACUAGAACCGUGCUUUAAUUAAGUCCUUGAUUUUUAAAUGCUUGUAUUGUAUUUGAUUUUUUAUUUAGCAUUUUCUAUUUCUGUUCGCGAAGUCUGAUAUAGGGCUUUCUGUUCGGGAGUUCUGAUAUAGGGCUAAUGUCUCAACUCCCUUUUCAAAAUGUCUUUUAACACUGUGUUUUUCCUGUAAAUAAGCUUGUUUACAUCUUGAAUAAAGUUAGUAUGUAUGCAUGUAUGUAUGUAUGUAUGUAAGAUGGAGGUGGCAAUAGGCCUUUUUGCAAUAAUUGGUCACGUGAUCAACUAGUUCGCUUUUGGAAAAUUUUGUUAGCAGGAACUGGAAGAGCAUAUUAAAUUUAAGUAACCUGUACAUUUUCAGCCCUAUAUCCCAAUAGUAGUGAUUGCAACGGCCGCCGAAAAUUAGAAGGAUUUGUAUGAGAAAAACAACUCUUGCCACCCAGUCACUCAUGAAUGGUUUUCCCAUACAAAUCCUUGUAAUUUUAAACUGUUAUUAUAUAUUAAGGGUUCAAAUUGCCUGUUAUGAAUAAAAAGGAAAUUGAGUCUCGUAAUGCCUAAGGUAAUAUUUUACAACAGUUUGGUAAACUUUGAAAUUUACAAGGAUUUUUAUGCAAAACCUCUCAAGCAUGACUGGGUAACCCAUGCAAAUCCUUCUAAUUCGCGGCGACCGUUCCAAUCGCUACUUAUAACAUGUACGGCUGAAAAUUUACAGGUUGCCUGAUUUUAAUAAUAUGUUCUUUCAGUUCAUGCUAACAAAAUUUUUCAGAAAGAUGAUUCAUGUGACCAACUAAUGCAAAAGGCCUAUUGUAUGACUAUUAGUAUCUUUAGGAGCAAGUGAACUGCGCGAAAUGGAAAGGUGUGUGCAAGGAGAAGUUGUACUCAUUAACGUUAUGUACUGACUUGUUUUGAAAACUCCUUUUAUUUAGAUGUGUCACUGGGUGCACCUUGCUUGCAUGAUGAUCGAAAGUUAGAUUUGAUAGUUGUUGUUGACUGUGCUACCACAAAUUCUGCUAUUCUUGGGCAACUCAAGACACAGCUAAGGCAUAUGGUGGAUGACAUGUCCCAAAAAAGUGUCCAUUUCCGUCUGGCAAUAAUCAGUUACCAAAAUCAUCCCAAUAUUGGACGAAGAGGCCAAACUGCAUCUGAUUCCAACAUAGCUUCUGUUUCUAACUUCACGGAUGACAAAUCAAAAAUGAAAGAAAACAUCAACAGCUUGAGGUGUUUUGGUAACAGUGGCUCUAGGAGAGGCCUGGCUGACGGACUGGCUUUGGCUGUGGACCUAAGCAAUAACGUUGAUGAUGAUUGUAACAAUGAUUAUAAAUGCCGCCCAGAAGCCGUCACAGUCUGUGUACUGCUGCGUGAGUAGACUUUCAAUACUUCAUGUGAAAAUAGCUUCUAUUUGCAGGAUAAAGUAAUAUUUUGUCUCUAUGAGCUUUUAGCUUUAUUGGGUUAGAUAUUAAUUACCAGUAUGGGUUAACUUUUUGAACCCUUCUCCUCCCCCUUUAUUGAGCUAUUUUGAAGAGAUAGCUCAUAUGUCAGUGGCAAGAGCCAAUAAGGUUGAAGGCACUAUGAGUUGAUGCUUAGGAACCAACGAGAUCUUGGCAUCUAUUUAAACAUAAAACAAAACAAUAAUUGAUAUUUAGAUAUGGACUUUAAUUCGAAAGUAUGCGGCCUAUCAAUUGUGGUUUUAGAUGCUGAAAGGCAGCUUAUUUUUUUGGAAGUUGUACCGAGUAUUUUCCUGUAAACAAGCUUUAUUCUCUCGCUUACAAAGUUCAAAAGACCUUUUUCGUUCCGGCAAAAACAAACAUGAAUAAGUGUCCAAAAUGAUACAUCCUUCCUGCUUACUAACUAUUAUAUUUAUUGAAACGUAUUUUAUUUAGUAAAGAUGCGUAACUUAAGCCUGCAUGGUUUCCAUAUGAUCGCAGCGAUCAUAGCGAUCAUGAGAAAACCACUUUCCACCGAGCGUAGCGAUCGCAGCGACAACAAUCACCGAGAUAGAAUUUUUUCUAUCUCAGCGAUCGUAGAAACAGUUGCGUUAGGGAAUAGAAUUGGAAGAAGCUAGUUGCCACUAAUAUAGAUAUUGUUUUAUUGAGUGGAAUAACAUGAUAUGAGGAGAAAUAUAUUUCGGCAGUUUCAGUUGUUAAUUUUCUUGGUAGUUAACAAAUGUUAGGCUAUCAACCUUGACUUUGCAUGAAGCAUAAUUUGAUUGCAGAUGUUGUAAAGCCGAGGUGAUUUCUUAAAAUCGUUUGAGAAAAUUUUGUAGUAAACAAUUUGCGUUUUUUACGUACGAAUUGUCAAAGGGCCAAAGUCUAACAUCUUCACGUGCAAAUUGUGUGCAUGAAUGCGUGAGUUAUUGUUGUAAUUCUGUUCACUGUUCAGUGGAUUACUGUGUGAUAAUGCAUCAGUCAAUUCCAGCUGCGCCCAGCUUCCCCCUCCCCCCCCCUAGCCUGAGCAUCAGGUGUUUCUGGGGGGAAAGGGGAAAGAUGGAAGCGAAAAAGGGAGAGAGCCUCAGGCUACCCCCCCCCCCCGGGCUACUGCGGGGCAUUUGUCCGCCUUGCCAGUCCCGGGGGUGGGGGAUUUCCAAAUUUUGCACUGCCCGGGCAUUUGCCAACCCCGGGGCCAUUCCUGAGCUUUUGACACGCACGCAGUUUCCCAACAGAAGACAACUACACAGAAGGUUUUACUGGAAAAAAAGUAGAUUGGCCCAUCUUUCAAGGACAGGAAUAAAUUGAAGAGGGUUGUAAAGGCAUGUUCUCCAUUUUAUGCAUGCAUUUCUUCAUUGCUUAUCAAGCAAGAAUUUUUAUAUAUAGCGAAAAUCGGAGCGAUCGAUGUGAAUCGACGUUUUUUGGUUUCUGAAUCAAAUUUCUGUUGAUAUUAUUUGAAGAAAAUCCUUUCAUAUUUAUAAAACUAUUCGUAACAGAUAACGUUACAGCGCUCUAUUAAUUUUGAUGGCAAUAAUUUUAUAACAAUACUAAAACUAUAAACUGGUGCAUGUCGUCGCGGCGUGAAGUCUUCAUUAGAAUCCUAGCGCUAUUACAGAGGAAGACGUUAAUUGAAACAAAAAACCGCACAUUAAAAUGCUUAAAACGGCAUUAUUCCACUGUGCGAUCAAUGAAAAAUGUUGCGGUGUUGACAAAGGAUGGGGCUUUUGCCCUCUUUUGUCGUCCCCACCCCGGGGGAUUUGACAGCUCAAGAGUCCCCACCCCCGGGAAAUUGCGCCCAAGGCAAAAAAAUGCUAAUGCCCGGGGGUCAGCCGGGGGGGGGGAUGCUCGGCGCAGCUGGAAUUGACUGAUGCAUAACUCAAACUCCCUCACGUACGGACCACGAAAGAGGCAAAGUCCGACACUUUCACGUACAAACUGUGUGAUUCUACAUCCCUUGCUGGCUUUUCACAGUAAUAACAGUAUCUUGAACGUAUGAAGGCAUCUUAAGUUUUGUAACUAGUGCCUAAGCAAAGGCUCUUUUCAUUUAAGAAGCAAUAAUUUAUAACACCUUUAGAAUUAAGUCAUCAGAGUUCAAGACUGUUUCAUUAAAGUAGAAUCGCAGGUGACAAUCUCGGGAAUAAUGAUAAUGCAACCAUCUAAAACAAUGAUGAAAAUCGUGACAUUUCUUAGCUAUUCGGUGUUCGACGAGCAUCAUUAUUUUAAGAAACCAUGAAGAAAUCUUGAAACCUUCGAGUCUUCCCUCUAAGCAACGUUUUGUGAAUUGAUAUUCAUAGUACUAUAACAAUUUAUUUAUUUUGCACCAGAUAUCUGAAGGAAAGACAAAGAAAAGUGAAUCGGUUUUCGUUUUCAUUAAUGUACAACAAUUCCCAAUUUCGGACAAAACAUAGCCUUAAUUUAGGAUUAAAACAGUAGAUUGCCGAUACCGUUACACUGAAACAUUUAAAAUAGCUCAUGCACGUAAAACGUGCCUAUGUUUUGAUAUAUAAAUACCAAUGAAAUACCAGCUGAGCUUUGAUGUCUUUUUUUUUUUUUUUUUUUUUUUUUAUUUUUUUUUUUUUUUUUUUUUUUUUUUUUUUUUAUUUGCUUUACUUAACCCAAUAAUUACAAUAUUGAACACUGCUUACACUGCUUACAUUAUUUACAACAUUCAUACCAUACUUACAAUACUGACAAUACUUAUUGCUUACAUUGCUAACAAUACUACUGUUUUCAAACAUUAUUACAUUUCGUAUGCUUCAAGUACACAGUUGCAUCGGAAGAAACUUAUUUAAGGAUAGUUGGCGUUAUUGAGGCAGGAUAAGCUACGGAUGAAAGACAUAGAGAAUAUCAGGGGCGUUGGGAAUAGCGCCAUGGUAGAAACGAUAGUUUCUACGUGAUGUCGUGUAGGAAUGACCAUUGUUUGGGCAGAACAUUGUUUGCUUCUGCUUGUGCUUGUAUGUUGUAAAUUGUCUUUAGGUGUUUGAGAAAUCCUUGCAAUAGAGGUAUAGCUUCUUUUGUUUUGCAGAGCCAGAUAUAGUGCCUGGCAAUAAGAAAACAAAAGUUGAUCUGGCGUUGAAGUUUAGAAGAGUCUGAUCUCAGGCCUAGUGAAACAGUCAUGUCUGCAGAGUAACUAUCGGGAAUAAUUUGGCAAAGUUUUAAUCGCGUUAUGAUGCUCUCCCAGAAGAGCGCCGUUUUGGGGCAGGACCAGAAAAGGUGUACGAGUUUUUCUGGUUCUUUUUUUUUUAAAAAGGAGCAGUUGGAGUUUUCUUUUACUCUUAUCUUAGUUAAGAAAGCGUUUGUUGGUAUUCUUCUGUGCAGCAAUUUAAAUUGAAAUUCCCUGAGUUUUAUGCUUUUUGUGAUUUUAUGAGCUAGCUGGUAGGUCGCACCCCACGUUAUUUCGUUUUGACCUAAGUUGCAGUCUUGAUUCCAUUUUUGCUGGCUUGUAGUAGGGGGGGCACUUUUCUUUGUAAUUAAUUUGUCAUACACCAACUUGCUUGCUUUUUGGGCUUUCAUUAGUUUUGUCGAAAAGCUUUCGUAACUAUUACCUUCGUUUGUGUGGUCACCUUGGUUGAAUGUGUUGCAUAGCUUUUUAAGAGCAGAAAUUAUUCCACAGUAUGCCAAGGGUUGGACCUUGAUGUCGUAUUUGUUUAAAAAUUCUGGUGGAGUGAGGAAUUUUCCUUCUCUGUUCCUUAAGUGCUUAACUUUUGUGAUGCCUUUACGAUACCAUUCUUUAAAGAAAAUAGGGCUGUCGUUAAUCCUUACAAGUGAGUUGUACCAUAUGCCUUGUUCUGAAAGCUGGCUCUCUGAUGUUAUCCUCUCUUCAAAAUUGAUUUCUGACCAGAUUAGGAGAAUUUCCUUUAAGAAACUGUCUUGCGUUUUGAAGAUAUUAGCUAUGUCUAUCUUAUUAAGGUUGCUUGUGAAAGGUAGGGUACACUCAAACUUUUUCAGUUCAAGAUCUAGAAAAAGUUUCCAUUUACCCUGAUUAUCUGUAUCCAGGUACUUUUUUAUCCAAGUGGUUUUUAGCGCUUUAUUGAAAGAUAGUAUGUCAAUCAUUUUGAGGCCACCUGCUGGGUAAUUGUUAAUCAUAAUAUCUCGCUUUAUUUUAUCGCCCUUUCCGUUCCAAAGGAACAAGUAAAAAGCUUGUUAAUCUCGCUAAUUAUUUUUUUUUUGUUUGUGCACAAGGGUGCCAAGACGUACACAAUUUGAGAAGCUACUAAGCUUUUCAGAACAGUGAUCUUCCCACUUAAGGUUAAUCUACGGUAUUUCCAGUUGCUUAGAAUAUUGUUAAUUUUUUCCAGUUUUUCCUUAUAAUUUAGAAGUACAGUGUUUUCAGGGUCUGUCGUAAACCAAACGCCUAAAGAUUUUACUUUGUUUGUUUGCCAUCUGAAAUUUCUUUCUGGAAGAAGAAUUUCUGUUUUUCCACUAUAUGUUCCGAUCCAAAUUGCUUCUGUUUUUUUUACUGUUGAGUUUGAGACCCGAGGCUUCUCCAAAAUCGUCGAGUGUGUUGAGAGCAGCUGAGAGCGACGUUUGUGAACCAUUCAAUAUUAAGGUUGUAUCGUCUGCGUAUUGACUUAUUUUAAUUUCCUCUUGGUUAACGUGUAUUCCUCUGAUAUUGCUGUUUCUUUUAAAAGCCUUGGCUAAGACUUCAACUGAAAGAACAAAUAGAUAUGGAGACAACGGGCACCCCUGCCUGACCCCUCUUUCAAUUUUAAAGAAAUUGCUUGUCCAGCCGUUGUUUAAGAAGCAGCUCUCUAUGUUGCUGUAAAGGCAUUUGACCCAGUUUACAACACUUGGGCCGAAACCGAAGUAUUGAAGAGAAUUUAUGAUAAAAGGCCAUUCAAUCGUGUCAAACGCCUUUUCGAAAUCAAGAAAUAAUAAUAGCCCUGGGAUAUUUUUUUCUUUGGUAAAACGAAUAACAUAGUCUAUUAAUCGUAUGUUCUCGCCAAUAAACCUGCCUUUCAUAAAGCCAGUUUGAUCACAGCUGAUGAGAUCGGGAAGAACCUUUUUCAGCCUGUUAGCCACAGCCUUUGCUGCUUCCUUUGUAGUCGCAGUUGAGAAGAGUAAGCGGUCUCCAGUUUUUAAUGAAAUACGGCUCAGCGUCUUUCUUGGGAAUGAGUUUGAUUACUCCUCUUCUUUGUGUGAUGGAAAGCUGACUCGUUUCGUGCGCAUAAUUAAGAGCAUUAAUCAAUAAGUUUGAUAUGUUUGUCCAAAAUACUCUAUAAAAUUCUGCAGGUAGCCCAUCAGAUCCAGGGGUUUUUCCCUGUUCCAUGGUUUUCAGGGCUGCAAGGCAUUCCCUUUCAGUUAGCAGGCCUUCACAGUUGUUCCGUUGUUCGUCAUUCAGGACGGUGUCGUUUUCGUGUUUAAAAAAAUCAUAUGUGUCAAUUAAAUUGUGUAUAUUUCUGUUGGAUGUAUAUAGAUUCAUAAAAAAAGAUUCCCCUUCUGCUAAUAUUUCCUGAUCCGAAGUAAUAAAGUUAUUUUCGUCCACUUUAAGUUGGCUUAUAAUGCCUUGCUUAUAGUGUCUCUUUUCUAGGUUGAGGAAAUAUUUCGUAUUUUUUUUCUCCUUCAUUAUGCCAUUUAAUUUUAGCUCUCAAUAUGGAACCUUUCGUACGAGUCUCAAUAAUUCUUUCUAACUCACUCUUUAGAUCAUUCAGUUGUUCUGCAAGUUCAGAAUUUUCUGUUACGCUAGAGUCUCCGUUCUCCAUUUUCGAUUCUAGUUUGGAAAUUGCAUGCUCUAGUUCUGCCUCACGGCCCUUUGUUUUCUUAGUUUUAUUCAUUGCGUAUUGGAGCGAUUUUUCCCGUAUUUUAAGCUUAAUCAUGUCCCACAAUAGAGCAGAGUUUACCAUGUCAUCGUUUUCAUAUUCGUCUUGAACUUCCUUAAUCGUUGUCUUAAUAAGAUUAACAUAAGCAGUUUCGGUUAAAAGAGAGGUAUUUAAUUUCCAAAGGCCGGGUCCUCUGCUAUUUGCAUGAAGAGACAGAUCUAAAGUAAUCAUGGAAUGGUCUGUUUUAUAUCCUGGCACUAUAUCGGUGUUAGUGACGUCCCCAAUAACGCUUUGGCUUAUUAAAAAGAAAUCAAGUCUACAGUAAACCUUAGGUUGUCGUUGUCUCCAAGUGUACCUUUUGUCAUCUGGAUUGUGAAUUCUCCAGACAUCGAGAAGAUCUAGGUUCUCUGAAAUUUCUUGAACGGUCUUCAAGCUAUUUUGGUGAGUUUUGGCAAUGCCACCUUUUUUGUCAUUUUCGAUGUUAAGAACAAGGUUGAAGUCACCGCCAAUUAUUAUGUCUUCACAUUUAAAAUUUAAAAGAUGAUCGUAAAAGUUUUGAAAGAAUGAAGGUUUAUCCUCGUUGGGAGCAUAGAUGUUAGCGAGGGUCAAAAGCUUUUCGUUAGCUUUUAAGUCACAGAUAAUAAAUCUCCCUGCAGGGUCGGUGUAAAGUCUUUGGAGCUGAAGGUUAAAAUUAUUGUUAAAAAGAAUACAUACCCCUGCUUUGUUGCUUUCAAAAGAGGUGAAGUAAGCUUGAUAGCCCCAUUCUGCUUUCCACAAGUGAUUUGUUUUUUCUAUACAGUGUACUUCUUGGAGCAUGCAUAUUGAUGGCCUUUUGGCGCGAAGCCAAUUAAAUACUUCUCUUCUUUUAGCGUCAUCCCUAAGUCCCCUGACAUUCAAUGAAGUUAUUUUCAAAGUCACGAUUUGUUCAAGUCUUUUGUAAUAAACGUUGUCUCGACGGGAAAAAAACAUGUGCGCCUCAAUAAAGGAUUUGCAUUCUUUCUAUUAGGUGUAAAAUGAUUGAUGCAAAAGGUACUCGAUAUUUUAAACAAAUAAUGAAGACUAAAACGUGCAUAUAAUAUUAGACUGAAGCAAAUGAUCACAAAAGGUAAAUUAAACAAAAUAACACUUUGAAUAAAUAAAAAAGAGUAGCGCAAAAACAAAAAACAGAGCAUAGACAAAUUUGUAGUUAGUAAAAUUAAAUUACUUUGGCAGCGAGAAAUUUGAAUUUGAUGUCUUCACAUGUGAAAAUAACAUGUCAUAUACACACAUGAAAUGAUCACUGUUGCUAUGGUUACACCAAAUCACGCCUUCCGCAGCAAAAAAAUAUUUAAAUAAAAUGUUCUCUUUUUUUAAUUGGUGUUUAUAUGAUACAGUGUAAUUAAAACAUUACAUGUUCGCUUUUGCACAAAAGUUAUCUUCGAUUGUUUAUUUGUUUGUUUUUAAUUAUUAUUGUUAUUUUCCAACCCUCGAAUAGAAAUUUCAUAUCUCCACGCGGCCAUGUAAUAUCUUCCAUUUCUGGUUUAUAGAGAGCCAAGAUACUGAAACUGUGUGAUGUAGGCGGGGGUUUUGAAAAAAACCCUGAAGAACAUACAGUACAUACAUACAUGUAUUACUAUUGAUGGUUUUUUAUAAUGUGAAGUAGGCCCUAAGUCAUUCCUGAUCUAAUAUCUGCUCUUUUCGAGUCACAAAAUAAGGAAAAUCUACCAGGGGCUAAUCAGAAGUCACUUAGGGGCUCUAUUCCAGACACGUGACCCCUUCAGUUGUCAAUGAAUCCUUCAACAGUUUUCCAAGUUUUGAUAAAGACCUGUAAACGAAUAUCUAUCAACGCUGCUGGAAAGAGAGCCUUAAAAUUAGGAAACUUACCAAGUUCAAAUGUGAUACGUCCAAAGCGAGCGAAGAUAUUUCUCCACAAAGUCGUAGAAUUUUACAGACGUUUGUAUGGUGGGGGGCACGAACUUGCCCCCGCCUCCCACCAUAGAAACGGCUGUAAAAUUUCGCGGCCUUUUGGACCUAUGUCUUCGUGAGUUUUAAACAACUUUAAACGUUGGCAACAUUACUGAUUGUAAGGGGUUUGUUCCAGUCGUGAUGACGAAUGGUCCCAGUCGAAAAUUGAAAAAACCAUGGAAGGGUCAAUGAUAAUGACGAUUGUUAUUUGCAAUUACAGCUUUAGAAGUUCAAGUUGGUACUCUUGAUAUUUUCAAAUGUACGUGUACCCAUGGCCAUGAUGUCUUAAGCCUCUGUAGACAACUUGCUGCGAAUGCCGUUACACUUUACGUGGUGAUGAGGGGUUCGAAGCCAGGAAUACCUCUCUAUCUUCCAAACUCUGGACGUCGUAUUGAUCUUAUGGCAGAGUUUUUUACAGGAAUUUCCCUGAUGACUGGCGGGCAGUAUAUCUACAGCGAAAGUGUCAAGCUUGUUUCUGAGGUACUUCCCAUGCCUAAGAAUGCCAUUGCGUUUAAUCUUAAAGAACCUGUGACAAGCGGCUGCGCAUGUGCAGCGUUUUGAUUUCUGGUGGGUGGAAAAGUUGGUUUUCGGUGAAGAAAUCUUUUUCCAUCGACCUAAUGACGCUUGAGUAUUUUAUAUAUCACUUUUUUUGCACAAUUCAUACUGUAAAUGUGAUCGAGCACACGAACUUUGGUAUGAAAGACUGCGCUUUUGUUUACUGCUUGCGCUCGGAAAUGAAAAUACUCUACUACUGCGGUCAGUUCGCCUUACUGACUCGUCUUGGCGGGAACGUUUAACAAAAAGGAAUUAACAACUGUUUGUUUCCUAGGGUUCGUUUCGUUCGAUAUUAUUUACUAGAUUAUAGAAUGUAGGCGAGUUAACCAUACUGGUAAGGAAGAUGACUGAAAAACUUUUAUAUGUCAGUGGCGGAUCUAGACCUCCAGAUGAGGGGGGCCCGGUCAUCCAGAUCCUGAGAUAAGGGGGAGGGUCCGGUCUCAAAAAAAUUUUUUUUUUCGGUCCUUUGGGCCUUAGUUUGGUCUAAAAAUAAGGGGGGGGGGGGGCACCCGAGCCCCUCCCCUGGAUCCGCCACUGUAUGUGGAUGUUGCUACCAGGCCACAUGUAGAUCUCUGAAAUGACCCUUACCGGCCAAUACCGAUUCAGUCACUGGCAUAUUUUAUCCUAAACAUAAGGAGGUUUAACCGAGAGUCUGUCAGAACUGGCUGGACAAACCGGUCAUUUUGCUACAGCUUCGAUUCGCAGUGUAGACUAUCGCUUCUUGUUCUGAACGAUCUGUCGUGGAAUAUGGCGUUGGUAAAGGUGAGUUCUGUAAUAUAGGAAGGCAUUUUCAGUGGAUUUUAUUGGACGUGACGUCACCCGGGUUGAUGUUUAUAACUGAGUUUUGAGGGCGGAGGUGCUACCACGACUGUUACCGCAAGAUGAAAGUUUCAAAAAAACAUUCAUCUUGCGGAAUAAGUAUAACCUACGGUAAAAACGUUUUUGGUGUUUUGCUUAUAGAUAAUUUCCUAUGUCGUUGAGGUGAAUAAAUCUGUGGAGCGCCUCUUUGGUACAGCUCAUGAUAUUAUUCUUGACGAAAUCGAGAUGAACGACGGAGACGUGGACUUGGAAGAGCUGCUUCCCAAACUUCAAAAAGGGCUCACUAGACGGUCUUUGCAUGCUAACCUCAUAGCAAUUAAUGGAUCAACCAUUGGUCCAAGCUCCAAGUUAGCAAGCAAGUUUUCAUUGGACGACAGCAUGGACACUGCCUGCAAAACAUGGCAAAGAGAAGUGCAAAAAAUGCGGGACAUGGAUUUGGCCAUUGCAUCAGGAACUCCAGGUGACGUCAACAUGGAGGAAGUAGCUGGUCCGCAAGUUCAACUGAUGGAAAGACGGAAUGUAACCAGGGAAGUUGCAGAAAGAAUGAUACGGAGAGUAGUUGUGCGUAGAGAGCAAUAUCGGCCUAGAAUAUAG